CAAAGUGAAAUGGGGCAAAAUAUUUCAAUGGUGGAAAUUAAUACUAGAAAGGCAAAAUGUGGCAAUGAAUAUGAGCCAUCAGAUGUGAGUCAGUUAACGAUCAACCAGUAAAGAAGGCCACGAUAGGAUGAUCGAUAUACACUACAUGGGGUCUCCAUUUUCAGAUAUUUUGGAUUGAAAAAAAAAAAACAAAUCAAAAGCAGAGGCGAAAGCUUUUUCUGGAAGAAAAAGAAAGAACUUGUCGACUGAAUUUCUAGAAAUUUCAACCGCUGCAGUGAUUAUUGUGUAUGCUCCUUCGCUGAAAACAGACGAGAUCUUCAGAGAAAAAAAAUGGGAGAAGUUGCGGUGAGCAGUGGAGGUGGAAUGGAAUUGGAGGUGGUAGGAGAAGCUGCGGCGGCGGCGGCGGCGGAUACUUCUUCUACGGUGAGGUGGGAGAGGUUUCUUCCGAAAAUGGCGGUGAGAGUGUUGUUAGUUGAAGCUGAUGAUUCCACUAGGCAGAUUAUCACCGCUCUUCUCAGAAAAUGCAGCUACAGAGUUGCUGCUGUUUCUGAUGGCUUGAAAGCAUGGGAGUUACUGAAAGGAAGACCACAUAACAUAGACCUUAUCUUGACCGAAGUCGAGCUGCCGUCGAUUUCUGGAUACGCACUUCUCACUUUAAUUAUGGAGCACCAAGUCUGCAAAAACAUUCCAGUUAUAAUGAUGUCAUCAAACGACUCGGUUAGCACAGUUUACAAAUGCAUGCUGAGAGGCGCAACCGAUUUCCUUGUCAAGCCCGUCCGAAAAAAUGAGCUCAGGAACUUGUGGCAGCAUGUCUGGAGAAAACAAGCUUCGAACACUGCUGCUGGACCUGGACCUCCAGAAGAGAGUGUACCUCAACAGAAGGAUGAAGCCACCGCCGAGAACAAUGCUAUUAGUAACCAAUCAAGUGGUUACAUGUCACAAAUUCCUAGAGAGAGAGAGUGCAUCGAGAAAGGAAGCGAUGAUCAGAGCUCGUGCACAAAACCAGAGAUGGAGACUGAAGGAGACGAUAACGAGAAUACGUGUCGCAAAAGCAGCGGGUAUCUCUCGGACGACGUUAAAAUUCUUACACGAGAAGAAUGUAAUAUAAAAAGUAGAAAACGACGAGGGGAUGAUAAUGAGACUAGAGAAUUGCUAACUGAUUACGCAAUAACACGAGAAGACAAUGGUUUGGGACAAGUUAAUGGCAACGGUCGAAAUUUUGAAAAUGAUCAUGACCUUGAGAAUUCUUCAAGAGAGGCCAUUGACUUAAUUGGAGCUUUUGAUAAUCACCUCAAAGGCAAUUUCGGAAGCUCCGCCUCGAACUUUACGACAAACAAGUUUGACAAUUUACCUUUGUUGGACCUAACUUUGAGAAGAUCCCAUCCCUUUGAUAAAAGGCCCAAGUUAAACCACUCCGAUGUAUCAGCCUUCUCUCGGUACAUACACAAGCCAUCGGAGCUCUAUCUAUCUUCGUCCAUCUGUAACAAACAAAAAGACAAUGAAACCAAUUCCGAAAAACAUGUAUCGAAUAUCAACCCUGAUUGUAAUUCCGAUACACGUGAUCCCGCAAUAAUAAUCACUCAGAAAAAUGUUUCUAUGCCGACAAUUCAAACAGGACAGCCUGAAAUUACAUUGUCUCACUCUCAAAACAGAGAAAUAUCUCAUCCAAUUCCAGUUAGAGGUGUAAGAUAUGAUGAAGAUUCGAAUAAUGCCGCUGGUUCAUUGAUGCCUUCGUCACGUCGUGCGCAAUCAAGUACACCCCACCAUUCAGAAUCUUCUCCACAAUUGAAUGUCGGUAAUUCCAUUGAUCAGACAGACGAUAAACAGUUAAAGAAAUUGGAAAACAUAUCGGAUCGGGAGCAAGUUUCGCCUGGAAAUGACCAGAGUGGCAAUAGCAGUUACUGUAAUAACAAUACAAGUUAUCAUCAGAAUUCAGUUUCUGAAGGCAAUGGCAAUGAAAUUUCCCGUUCAGUAAUAAAGUCCACCCCAUCAGAAUUUUGUAACGAAGAAAGCUACCAUGGUCACGAUGGGGCCUCUCAUCGAGCCAUGCUAAGAGAAGCCGCCUUAACAAAAUUCAGAAUGAAAAGAAAGGAUAGAUGCUUCGAAAAGAAGGUGAGAUACGAAAGCAGAAAAAAACUGGCCGAGCAGCGUCCACGUGUCAAAGGACAGUUUGUUCGUCAAAUGCCUAACGAAUUUCAAACCGGAAACUCAUUAGCUAGUUAGCUACAACUCCAAAUCCACCGGAGAAUAUUUGACAAAUUCUCUAUCCUCUUUAUUUUUUUUAGACUGAUCAUCGGUUAAGAGUUUUGGGUCCCCUGUAUUCUUUAACUUCAUAUAACUAAUAGAGAAUAGAGGUACAUGUUAGUUAAAUGAUUCCAAUAUGUAUUCUUUCGUUUUUAAGCCGGCUUGUUUUAGGGUUCUGUAAAUGUAGGCAGGGAGGCCUUGCUAUAGAAGUGUGUAGUUUGUAACUCAUACAUAAGUAAAGUUGCUGCUGCUUGUCAAUAUUUUUUAUAUUUGAUGUAAUCAAAUCAAGUUUCUUUA